GCCAUGUUCCGACUGCGGGAUCUGUUUGCGAGGUCCUCCUCCUGUUCAGGAGGAGAACCUGAACAGACGCGUUAAUUUACUAGUCGACGUGUCGACUUUAAUCUCGUCACGGCAAAAAUAUUUUUUUUCUUCAUGCGUGGCCCUAAUACUCCGUUGUAAAUACUCCGACGUAACUUUAGGACACACAUUUAAACAUCACAUAGACAAAUUGCGUUUAAGUAGUGGAAAUCCAAAUCUUACUUAUUUUAUAGCUUAAGGUUUAUGGUUUCAAGUUGAUAUAUGUCAUGCAUGGUGAAAUGAAGAGUCCACUAUACCCGUGUUCAAUCAGGUCAUAUGUUAAAAGCCUGUGCGAAAUAUCCGAAGGAAACAAGAGAACGUCAAAUCGAAACAAAUAAUGCUCAACAAACAAUUGUCAAUAAAGAUUUGAACGUGAACUGUCUCGUUAAACUCCGCCCAGGGAAGUGGUAUCCUGGCUGAGCAGCAUUACCUAACAUCCACAUGUUUUCAGGCUCUACGAUGACAACCAUGAGAAGCACAAAAAAAGACACAUGUUUGAUCACAGGAGGAAGUGGUUAUUUCGGUUAUCGCCUGGCCUGCUCGCUCCAGUCCAAGGGGUCCACCGUCAUUCUGUUUGAUGUGAUUCCGCCCGUGACCGGACCGCUCCCAGAAGGCAUCACGUUCCUCCAGGGAGACAUCCGGGAAUACCCUCAGGUGCGGCGCGCCCUCUCCGGGGUUGACUGCGUCUUCCACUCGGCCUCCUACGGCAUGUCGGGCCGCGAGCAGCUGAACCGCCGCCGCAUCCAGGAGGUGAACGUCGGGGGCACCCAGAACGUCCUGGAGGCCUGCGUGGAGACGGGGGUCCACCGGCUGGUCUACACCAGCACCUUCAACGUGGUGUUCGGGGGUCAGGUGAUCGAGAACGGCGACGAGAGCCUCCACUACCUGCCCCUGCACCUCCACCCCGACCACUACUCCCGGACCAAGUCCCUGGCCGAGAUGGCGGUGUUGGGGGCCAACGGCGCCGCACUCAAGUCCGGCGGCGGCUCGCUGCGCACCUGCGCCCUCCGUGCCGCCGGUAUCUACGGGCCCGGGGAGCAGCGGCACCUGCCCCGGGUGGUGGGCUACAUCGAGAGGGGCGUGUUCCGCUUCGUCUACGGCGACCCCGCCAGCAGGGUGGAGUUCGUCCACGUCGACAACCUGGUGUCGGCCCACGUGCUGGCGGCCGGAGCCCUGAGCUCCGGGAGGGAGCCCAGCGCGGCGGGAGAGGCCUACUUCAUCUCAGACGGCCGGCCCGUCAACAACUUUGAGUUCUUCCGGCCGCUGGUGGAGGGGCUGGGCUACCCGUUCCCCACGCUGCGCCUGCCCUUGUCCCUGGUGUACUUUGUGGCCUUCCUCACGGAGAUGCUCCACCGCCUGGUCGGGCCGCUCUACAACUUCCAGCCCCUGCUGACGCGCACGGAGGUGUACAAGACGGGGGUGACCCACUACUUCAGCCUGGCCAAGGCCCGGGCCCAGCUGGGGUACGAGCCCCGGGAGUACGACCUGGCGGAGGUGGUGCAGUGGUUCAGGAGCCGGGGCCACGGCAGGAAGCCCGGAGGCUCGGCCCUGGGGAGGCUGCUGCUGAACGCGCUGCUGGUCUGUGUGAUGGUGGCGCUGGCUCUGUCGUACCUCCCGGGCGUCGGUGGCUGAGGUGGCUGAGGCGACCGAUUCUUGACAGGCUGGGUACUUUAUUCCAUGGGCGAAAUUUGGUCUCAGCUUUGGUAGGGACCCUUCACAGACAUAACCCAAAAUCACUACGUAGACUGCAUCAUGCUGGACAAUAAAUACUUUAAUAAAAUACAAUCUAGAUUUACAUGUGCACUUAUUCACAUUUAAACUAGCCUACUGCAAAAAAUGGUCAGGUGAGUAGAAGUUAGGAACUUCUUAAGCGAAUAACGUGGAGGCAGGUCAGAAGUGCGCGUGUGCUCCAGAGGUCACGUGAAUAUUCAAUCGGUGCUCGUGCCCAUUCCGCGACACACACUAACAUUGAUAUGUGUACGAUACUUCCUCGUGCGCACCAAAUACUUUCCCGUGCGCACCAAAUACUUUCCCGUGCGCACCAGAUUUUUUCUCGUGAGCACCAGAUACUUUCUCGUGCUCACGAGAAACGUUUAAUUUUUCUUUUACCCCAUGUCCCGUACUAUCAAAAUACUAGGCUGGAAAUACAUUUACCAUGAGAUCAUGUUUUCACUUGCUUUGUAUGUUUGUGUAUGUGUUUCCUUGUGUCUGUUCUAGUGCUACCAGUUUGUACAGCUGACAACAGCUUACAAUAAAUAAUAUUAUCUUUAAGAAUAAAUGUGCCUCCUGCAUGAGCUGUGCGUAGCUGGAUAGGGCCGCAGGCCUACUACUGUAUUUUGUUUCAUGUGGGAGAUGAAAUUU